GUGUGUCGAGAGCGUUUGUGACGGUGCGUUGACCAUUUAUGUAGACUGGCUCAUGACCUGUGGAAAGACCUUUACUGACAUAACAUUACCUUAACGUGAUAUUUUCCCGAUAUACUGUAAAUGGAAUAGUGGAGUAUCGAUAAGAUGCUGAAGUACGUGCAAGUGUCGCCGUACCGGAGUUCCUCGGCCCUGGGGGGCGGGGCGGCGGCGGGGGUGGCCGGCCGGCGGGUAGCGAGGGCGCCUGCGUGGGGGGCGACGACUCCAACCUGUCGUCCCCCUCACGCCCUCCACCCGCAUGUCCACGGCCUCCACCGCGUCCCCAACACCACCACCUCCACCACCAUCACUCCUACACCUGCUCCUCUCCUCCGUCGUCGUCCUCAUCGUCAUCCUCGUCCUCGUCGUCCUCUUCGUCGUCCUCGUCUUCCACCACAGGGUCGUCCCGCGGCCUCGGGGGGAGGAGGAGGUGUAGGGGGCGGGAGGGCCGUCGGGCGAGCGGACAGCGUGAGCCUCAACUCGUCCAUGUCGUGCUCGAGCAUCAGCCAGGACCCGCUGAGUUCCCGCUCGUCGUCCUCCACGUCCCUCCACGACACGCCUAAGGUUCCCGGACUUUACGUGAGAACGGUUAAGGGCAGACUUGUCUCUUCCUCGAGCUCGUCAAGGCCGCGUCUGAGGCCGUACUCCCACGAGACGACGGUCCGCGUGUGGGUCAGGUGCCUCAUGCAAGAAAUGGAGUACAAGACGGUGUGCAUUUCCUACACCACCACGUGCAGGGACCUCGUGCAGUCCAUCCUCUCCAAAUUCAGGAUGAAACACCGAGAUCCGAAUCUCUUCUUUCUAACCAUGGAAGUCACCGUUCGGAAGACAGGUGGCGUCAUGAGGACCAGUUUGACCUUGGAGGACGACUCGAGACCGGCGGAACUCCAGUCGUGUCACCCUCGAGGCGAUUCAAAAUUUGCGCUGAAGAUGCGGCCGGGCGGGCUCGUGAGGGUGUACGACGGCGCCCUCGUGACAGGGUCACAGUACAAGAGCUUGCUUGUGAGUGAAAGAACGACAUGCGACGAGUUGAUCCGCCUUGUGCUGCUCUGCAACAACAAUGAUGACAAAAUUAAUAAUACAGAUAAUUGGUUUUAA